AUGCUGAUUAGGUUCUGCGCGGGCUUUGUCUUCACAGCAGACUGUGAGCAUGGGCUGAGGUGUUGGCGUGCUAGCCAUCAAAUAUCAUGCACUGCUAGACUCCCCCUUGUGCAGUCCGAAUUAGAAACUUCAGCAUUCCCUACAGCGUUGGCGGUGAGCCGCUGCCUAGCGCAGAAUCUUAUCAAAGUAACAGUGGGAUUUGCAGACGGUCGUUUCGGCGUCUACGAUAUGGAUACUAAAUCGUUAUAUCUGAGAUUACGCUCUUUCAAUGCUGCUUCUGCUGAUGGGGCAAUCACCGCAAUGGCCAUAUCGAAUUCUUACCUCCUAAUGGUCUCAGAGCACAAGGUUUUAUCACUGUAUGAGAUGUUUCUAGCGGAACCUGAGCAUUCAACUAGAUCCAACGCAGCGAAUACGAGCAAACAAUCCGCAGCCGAAGAUGUGAAACUACUCGAAUCUCUCAAGGCAGACAGUAUUUUAUCCCCGAUGUCCUUGUCAAUUCGAUUGGCACAUUCGAAAAUCAUUGCAUCUAUUGUUUACAGCUUUUUCCAUAUUGGCUGUGGCUGGUCAUUGGGGAUCCAAGAACUGCAUUUUGGCAAGAAUGGCGAGCAGAUUGGUUCUCGACUUGCAACCACUGUUAACGCUCAGUAUGGAGCAAUGCCGCUGCAUCAUCUUACUCGUUCGAGGAGAGGUUAUUCUUCAUCUUUUCAAUCCGAACCAUCAAGCGGGGAGUCUCUCGUGGAACUGACAGAGCCGUCCAUAUUACACCAAGAACCGCCAACCUCCAUUUCCUAUUCCCACCCGUAUCUCUUGACGUCGCAUGCAGAUAACACUUUGACAGUGUAUCUCGUCGUUUCCACUGGUGCAAAGCUCUUCAUCAAGGGAGGUCAGAGGCUCUGGGGUCAUACUUCGUCAGUAUCUGCAGUGCAAGUGAGCGACCACGGAAAGGCGAUUUCCGUGAGCUCUCGCGGCGACGAAAUUAGAGUGUGGGAGCUUGAGAGUUUGAUUCCGUCUCUUGGGUCUUCAAAGGAAGCAAGGGUGGAGAAUAGCAUCCAAGUCAAUCCUGAGAACAAGCUGUGCAAAAUACAUGGGGGCGGGGCUCCCCUAGCAUUGUUUCUUGCUUGCCAGCAUUGUGGGCCACAAUUAGCCUCUGGGCAGAUGUCUCGUGAAUACGCUCGGAUGGGAGAUUGUGUUGGGUUUGAUGAUGAGCGUCUACUUCUUUCCAGUCGAAAGGAAACUGGGGCGCAUUUAAUAGCAAUGUAUGAUUUCACAUGA